AGAAAGAGCGACAACUAGGAAUACAUAAACAUCCGCUCUUCCGUGAUCUGUAGCUGAAGAAACAUAACGAGAAUUCAAGGGUCAAAUUGUUCAGGCUGAACUCUCUUCUGCCGAUGCAAAGAUGACUCGAGAAUCUCUUAAGAAUAAAACUGAGUCGCGCUCUUGAGACGUUAGCCAUGGAAAGCCAAUGCAUUUCCGCUCAGAUGAGAAUCGGAAACCGGAAAUCACGUAUGUGUUCGCAGGCCAUUGAAACUCAAGCGAGUGUGUCAAGCUGACACUCUUGAUCCAUUUUGAGAUCUUUUGUAAUCUAUUUCCAAAGAGACAUUUAUUGUGGGGAAAAUUUUUUAAUAGCUCCUGCUGAAGUUUUAUUUUGAGGCGUAAUGUGCUCGAUAAAAUAUGACUGAUAAAUAUGGUUAGAAUGAAACUGAGUAACUUUUGAGAAAUCAGUUUGCUGGCAAAGAGGAUUCUGGCUUGAAGAGAAACGGCAAACGGAAAUCACGUAGGUGUCGGCGGGCCAAUGAGAAUUGAGUGACUGUGUGUCUGAGUGAUGUUCUCAACUCAUUUUGACGUCUUUUGUGAUCAGCAGCUGAAGACAGAGCUGUUUGGAAUAAAAAAUCAAACUCUUCCCACGGAACAUACUUUUGGGUUACCUUACUCUUCUCAAAAGAAUCAGGCAAACAUCAUUUUUAAAACGGCACGCCAUGAACGGAUGUUGUUGAAAAGAGGAAGACGAUCAUUAAAUGACGCACGCCUUUUGUCUAUGCAGACGAUGAUCUUAAGAUUAGUCAGACGUCAAUAAUCAACUCACUGUUUAAAUGUAGCAUCUUAAAGGAUGUGAUCAGUUCGGUUGCAGCUCUGAGAACAGGCCAUGAACCAAAGAGGCUUUGUGAUUGAAGUUUGACUGACAGAAGAUUUUUUCAAAACUGUCGGAUUAGGUGUGUAUUCUAUACACGCAUUAGCACAAGACUUACCUUUAUUUCCGAAAGUUGCAUAGAGGAGCUCGUCCCAGGGCUACUCUAAAACGUUUGAUCAAAAUGGCGGCUGCGACUGGUGCAAUCCCGAUUGUUGACUUCAGUGCCAUGAGCCUUCAAAACGCAAAUCUUCCAGACAAUAACAGCCAAGCUAUUAAAACUCUUGCUGAUCAACUAUAUCGAGCUUUUAGUACGAUUGGAUUUGUGUAUCUUAAAAAUCAUGGAAUUCCACAAGAAGAGUUGGAUGCUGUGUUUGAAACAUAUGACAAGUUUUUUAAUCUAAGUCUUGAAGUGAAAGCUAAGUAUAGGAAGAAAAAAAUCACUUCCCAAAAUGUAUCAUCUCAAAAUGGUUGGGAUGCUGUAGAAGCUGAAAGAACAAACUUAGACAGACCUGGAGAUUUGAAGGAAUCUUUUGAUCUUGAGUCAUUUGAUGAUGGAACUUUUAACUGGCCCAGUGCAGAAGUACCACAAUUUAAGAGCACUUUGCACUCUUUUUACAAGUCUAUGAGUGAUCUUGCAUUAAGGAUUCUCACUGCAAUGGCCAUUGGUCUUCAACUGGAAUCCAAUACGUUUACCAAAUUCUUUAAUAAGAUGGGAACCACCGAGGGUGCAGUUCAAAUGAGGUAUAAUGCUUAUCCAAAGAUAUCAGAUCUAAGUAAAGUCAAACCUGGCCAGAUCAGAUGUGGAGAGCAUACAGACUAUGGUGCUAUUUCAGUACUGUUUCAAGAUGACAUAGGUGGCUUAGAGGUACAAAAUGUCGAUGGCCAGUUUAUACCAGCCACACCCAUGAAAGGCACAGUAGUGGUGAAUAUUGCAGACCUGAUGCAGAGAUGGACAGCUGAUAAACUUAAGUCCACGGUCCAUCGUGUGUUGAUUCCAGAAGCUGAACAAAAACACUCUGUUCCUCGCCGUUCAUUAGUAUUAUUUGUCGACCCAGACCAUGAUGCACUUAUUGAGUGCGUGGAUGGCUCAAAUAAAUAUCCACCAAUUACAUCAGGAGAAUGGAAGAAGCGAAGACUUCUGGAAACCUACACUGAUUUAAAAAAAUGAUCAACUCGACUGCAUCGGACUCAGGAUCUUUGCAUUGAUAUUUAAUAGAAUACAUGAAUUUUCUUCUCCAUUUUCCUCUCCCGUCAAUUUCGUCCCAUCGUCACGUCUUAAAGGUACUUAAGCUUCGGUUCAUCCUCUCUCCUCCACUUACACAUUUUAGUCAUAUCCCUGUUACUUACACUGUGUUCAUCCGGUGAAAAAUGGCGAGCGUGUCGGUUAAGCGAGCUGACGUUUCGAGAGGUAGUCCUUCGUCAUCGCUCUGACGAUGGGCUAAAGCUCGAAACGUCAGCUUUAAAAACUCGUUACGGUGACCAAUUUACAUUAUUAACUCAGUUGAUAAAACCAGAUUAUCUUGUUAUACCCCUCUACUGACGUUACACCACUGUUUCUUUAGAUAGUCACGCCCUUUAUUUGCUUGAGUAAUAGUUUUAGUCACUUAAAGUAAUUUAAGGUAACUUGCAGAUUGCUUCAGUUUCAAAAUGAGCUCUGAUGGAAAUAAUUCAAAUACUAUCGAUUGAAUUUUUAUAAGAUAAGUUUGUGCUUGAGAUCAUUUUCGUUUUUUCCCUGAGUUAGUCUAUUUCCUUGAAUGAAUGGAAAUCCUAGGCACUGCUUAAAAUAAUGAAUAAACCAGGGAUAGUGGUGAAGGGAGGGGCUUGUAAUCAUUCCGUUCGGCGAACUGUAACUCUCCUUGGGUUGAAUCUUGACGGUUUUCCUUGUCUCUUCGCCCUUGAAGAAACUUGGAGGGAGAGGAGCGGCGCUUAUUUGAGAGAGGAUAAUUUGGUACAGAUUAUUCCGUGGAGAACGCGCACGAACGGAUUGUUAUGCGCGAGUUGCGAUGCAUUGAAUAAAAAAGAACGAGUGAGUAUUUUGAUGCAUCGCGACGACUGUAAAAAAUCGUUCAAGCACUUUCACACUAUGAUGUUUUUAAUCUAUACAAACUGAGAUUUUUUCACAUUUCAAUUCAGGGAUUGGAAGGGAACGACUGUGAAAAUACAUCGUUCGUCCAAUCAGAGUCACGAACGACUAGUGUAAAUCCCAAUAUAUAUGAAAUAAAGAUUCUUUCGACACUUUUUACAGCACGCAUGCUUGUAAGAGGAAAUACUUUGUUUUCCAUUUGAAUUGAAUCUGCUUAGCACAUUUGAGUGUGUAUGUGGAUAUGGUUAAUAGUUAAGUAAUAGAACGUAAAAGACUGUUGUAAACAAUAAAGUGAAGUGGUGGCGUAAAGUACUAAAUAAGGCUGUUGAUAAAUAUUCCUUGCACUGUAAUUUGUUUAAUUAAAUGGUAUGGAGUACAUUAUAUGUAUCCUUAAAAAAGA